GUUAUCUAUUUCGAUCUUUCCUUCAUCUCUUGUGUGGUAUAUCUUUUUUGUACCCCAUCCAACCUUGCCUUUUUCCUUUUCUUUAACUUUUUGAUUCGUAGUUCUAUCUUCUUAUGUAUUACAUCUUUUUUCCUUCUUUCCUAUUCUCCCAGAAAAGAAACAAAGAAAAGAAUUAUAAAUCAUAUUAAAGAUUUUGACAUUGUUGACUGGCACAAAUGUCUCACUGCAAAAUCCAGACUUGAUUAAUAUCGUGCUUCUGCAAGCUAUCUGUAUAAUCGAUUCAAUUGAGCAUGGGUUCCUUUCUUACUCUUAAAGAGCAAAGAAAAAACAAAUUAUAUCACUGUGUAAUAUAAAUUUCUUGAUGAGAUAUAAAAGCGUGAAAACUACAUUUUUAUCAGAUUGUUACCGUUUUUAAUUUAUCGAUACAUUGUUACUUAAUACAAUUGUACAAUUGUAUUAAUAAAUUGUUACUUGAUACAAUAAAUCUUUUUAAGAAUAUUUAUGCAUUAUAUAUUUCUCUACUGUGUGUGUGCACAAACAUACUAACAAUUGAAAGAGAGCUCUCUUUAUAUCAUUAUAUCAUAUACCGCGCGACGAACCCGCGCCGCGUUUUGAAGAAUCAAAGCGGAGAAUCUAAAUGAUGAGGUGCAUGAUUGACAUGUAUCAAUGUCCUUGUCUCUUAGAGUUGGGGGGCGUAAAUCAUUAAUGAAUUAAAUCGGUAACAGUGGGAGGUAGCAACCCUCCAACCGCUCUAGCCGCUCAAAUACUCAUUUCCUGCGUCAGUUGGCACAACUCUCCGAUCUACCGUGAAGUAUAGGAUGUUAAAGUCUGCUCCACCCGGAAAAAUCGAGAAGUUAUCAUUGAAAUCAUCGUCGUAAAGAUUGGAAUUCCCAGCAGAUCUGUCAGGAUAAUGGAUAGCAGCGGCGAUAGUAGUAAUAAACUUUCUCUCGACGAUAUCCGUGAAUUAAUUACUGAGGAUGAGCCCAAUGUGGAGAUUGAUAGUUUAGAAGAAGAACCAGGUUCGGGAAGAGGAGAUAAUUAUACUUCGAUGCUGUACCGGAUCAGGGCAAAGGGACGUAAGCUGUUGAAAAAUGAGGAAUACAUUAAUUACGAGUGUGCCAUCAUUUACAAGAUACUACCGGAAUCUAAGAAACGUCGCGAGGCGUUUAAGAGCGAGUUACUGUUCAGAAACGAAGUCGUGUUUUAUAAGCAUGUGUGGCCCACGCUGAACAGACUGCAGUCAAACGGUAGAAGAGUGUUCAGCGGAGUACCCAAGAUAUACGCUGCUAGAGCCGAUCUUAUUGCCAUGGAAGAUUUGAGACAGAGAGGUUUUAAGAUGGCAGAUAGACGGAAAGGAUUAGAAGUGGAGAAUCUAGAGCAUGUGCUGAAGGCUCUAGCAGGCUUUCACGCACUUAGUUUGACGUUAAAGGAAUUGAAGCCGGAAGAGUUCGUGAGUUUAAGAAAUCCUGAUCAAGGUAUACAAGAAACGUUAUUUCGACGGGAUAAUGAAGAUUGGUACCGUCAGUAUUAUCGCGUGGCCGUGAAUAAUGCCAUCACGAUGGUGUCCGAAGCGCUUCCUUCGCACAUAGAUCACAGAAGACAGGAGGUAAUGACGAAGUUGCAAGCUUUCCUAAACGAAGAUGUAUUUUUCCGCACUAUGAGCGAACUCGUCUCCGCGCAAGGACCUCUCUCCGUAUUUUGUCACGGUGAUUGUUGGACCAACAAUUUCCUCUUUCAGGAUGAACCAAGCUCGGAUACAGAGGCCGUUUAUCUAGUUGAUUUUCAACUGACGCGGGUCGGUUCACUCGCUCUUGAUCUUGCGAACUUGCUAUACUGCUGCACGAGUGGUGUUGUUAGGCGGGCUUACAUGACACAGCUUCUCCAGCAUUAUCAUUCCCAUCUGAUGUCCUCCUUGCGCGUUCUCAAUCCGGAACAGCCGCCGAAAGAUCCAGCUAUCAUGUGGGAAUUAUUAAAGGAAGAGAUGCGGAGAUGCGGACGAUUCGGAUUGGGAUUGGCAUUGGACAUUCUACCAAUUAGCACGUGCGCCAGUCACGAAGCACCGAAUCUGUACGAAACGAGUAGCACGGAAACUAGCGAGGAGAAACAUAAUACCGCAGGAGCACCGCCACGCGGAAACGCUGAGUGUGCUCGACUCAUGACUGACUUAGUGCUGGAAUUGAUAGACAACGAGGCUCUGUAGAUCAAAUGUCACAUUAUUCGAUAAUGAUAUUAUGUGUAAUAAUACGUAUAAUGUAUAUCUCAAAUGUGUACGUCUUUUAUAACUCUUAUUGUCAUUGAAAAAGAGUAAUACAAAAUUUGUUCCGCGAGAAAUCUUUCUUUUUUGUUUUUUAUGUGAUAAAUUAUGAAGAAAGAUAAUUUCUUCCCAUAUAUGCAUCCAUAUAAUAGAAAUCAAAACUACAAAGAAACAUUUGCAAACUAUAUUUAUUCCUUCUUCGAGAUACGAAAUGUCUCAAAACGAUGUAAAAUUAUUUUGUAUACAUAAUCGUGGAAACGAUCUGUAACUUGGAAGCAAAUAAUCAUCAUCGAAUAAAAACGGAGAAACAAAAAGAGGGACUGGAGAAGCGUUAGUAACGUGUCAUAAUCUGUAA